ACCUCAGUGAGAGCUGCUGUAGUUUCUUGAGGAAAGAGAAAAGAGGAAGCAGUUCCGCCCCGCGGCUCGCCGAGGACCGAGCAGAGAAAAGCGCAGACAGAAGAACAGCGGAGCACACAGCGGCGGCUCAGCGCUCGGAGGCCGGACUCGAACCAGAACAGCCUCUGAUAUAUGCUCCACACACGCGGCUGAACUUUGCUUCACAGGUGUGGCGCUAAACUCCGGCAUUUCGCGCUUGAGCUUCUCAGAGCAAACUUGAGUCGAGACGAGCGUCCAUGCUGGUGUGCCGUUACCGUUCGUCCUCGGGUUUAACGUGGCUGUGAGCUGCUUCGCCUGCUGCUGAACGGCGGGAUUCGGGCUGCGGGAAGUUUUUGUUCCGGACUAACGAGCUGAAAAUGAGUGGAGAAGAAGAAAGAUUCAAACUGGUGGUUGUGGGGGGAGGAGGGGUGGGGAAGAGCGCCCUUACCAUCCAGUUCAUCCAGUCCUACUUUGUGUCAGACUACGACCCCACCAUUGAAGACUCCUAUACCAAGAUCUGUAAUGUGGAUGGACAGGAGACCCGGCUUGACAUCUUGGAUACAGCGGGUCAGGAGGAGUUCGGUGCAAUGAGGGAGCAGUACAUGCGCUCUGGAGAAGGCUUCUUACUGGUGUUUGCUCUCAAUGACCGGGGAAGCUACCAUGAAGUGCAGAAGUUCCAUACCCAGAUCCUGAGAGUGAAGGACAGAGAUGAUUUUCCCAUGGUGCUGGUUGGAAACAAGGCAGACCUGGAACAGCAAAGAGUGAUCUCCAGAGAGGAUGCGCAGGCGUUUGCCAGAGAGAACAGGAUCCACUACAUGGAGGCUUCGGCAAAGAAUCGCUACAAUGUUGAUGAAGCGUUCUUGGAGCUAGUGCAUAUUAUCAGACGGUUUCAGGAGAUGGAGAGUCCUCCUCCUCCAGCUCAUCACACAGGGAAGCAGAAAGGUGGAGGCUGCCCCUGUGUCCUCCUCUAAGCACUAUUACUCUCAACACCAAAGCCUUAUUCCUCUGCAGCUUGUCCACAAAGGUGUGUG